CCAGCUUCCCUACCCGCGUCGGCCGUUGCCGCUAUAAAAGAACCCGAGAGGAGAGAGCCCCCCAUGCCCUGCCACCCCACAUCCACACGCCACAGCGUCUCGCCACCGCACAGCGACCGCGCGUAGCACGAGCUAACCCUACGCGACCGAACCGUAGCGCGCCCGGUGGGCAGUUCCGAGGAGAGACAUCCCCCCUCCUCGAUCUCGUCUUCCCCUGUGUGUCCCUCCUCCCAUCAUCACCACGACACCGGGCCACCACCACCUCCAGUUGUAGGCUAGCUCGAUCACCGUUGCACCCCCGGGUAGGCUGCUGAUCGCCCGGUCUGGUUCCAGCGAGUACCUAGCCUAGCCAGUCAAGGAUGCUGCACGAGGCGGCGCCCUGCACGUGCGGGCUGCUCUACGGCACCUGCGGCGGCGGCUGCUCGCUGCUGUUUGCCGCGUCGGACGGGUACUACGAGCGCUGCGGCGGCGGCGGCGGGGAGGUCGGCUUCGGCGCCGCCGGCUCCUACGGGAGCUCGGUGGACUGCACGCUCUCGCUCGGCACGUCGUCCACGCGCCGCGCCGAGGCGGGGGCGCCGCGCGCGCCGGCGGCGGCGCUGCCCUGCUGGCCGGAAGCGGCGCAGCCCGUGCCAGGCUGCAACAACGGCGGCAGCCAGCACGGCGGCGUCGCCGAGGCUAGUAACGCCGCGGGCGCCCGCCGGUGCGCCAACUGCGGCGCCACCUCCACGCCGCUCUGGAGGAACGGCCCGCGCGGACCCAAGUCGCUGUGCAACGCGUGCGGGAUCCGGUUCAAGAAGGAGGAGCGGCGCGCGGCGGCCGCCGCGGCGGCGCCGGCGGCGAUGGCCUCGGACGGCGCCGUGGAGUACGCGCCGUCGUACGGGUACGCGCGGCAGCCGCAGCAGUGGGGCUGCUACGGCCCGGCGUCGUCCUUCGGCAUGUUCGGCGACGCGGGCGGCGAGGUGGGCGGGCCGUGCCUGCCGUGGGGCCUCGGGGUCAUGCCGUCCUCGUCGCCGGCGUUCGGGGCCGUCCGGGAGAUGCCGAGCCUGUUCCCGUACUACUAGACUACGUACAAGCAGCUAGCGGAAUGGGAGACUGCAAGUCCGGAGACACUCUCCUUUUUCUCUUUCGCCACUUUCGGUAACAACAAGAGAUGCUGUACUUGACCAACGACCUAGCGGCAUCAAAAGUUGGGGCGCCUCCUGCUCAUUUCCUUUUUCAUCUUUUGCUCGAGCAAAUUUCCAUGCAUCAUUCGUCGGCUCGGCUCUUGUAUGGUUCUGACAUGGGUGGUUCUGUCUCCAUGCAUGUUUGAAUCUUGAUGCAUGAUAAUGAUGAAUGAUCUGAUGAAGAGCCUUCAUUCGUUUGAA